CAGUGUUCUUCUUCUUGGUUUUGCUUGCUCGUUUUUAACCAAUCUUAGUUGAGGCAAAAUUACAAACCUCGUUUUACCCAUGUUCUUUGCUGUCUUACCACAUUUUCAGCUAAUUUCUCUGUCUAACAAAAAGGUUACAUGUCUUUUUCUCAUUUAGUGCAGAAAACAAGAGCAGAUGGGUCAGAUUCUACACCAAUCAAAGUAUUGUUCUCGAUUUAGAAAGCCUUUUAUGGGGUAAGAGAUGGUGAAGGAAGAAAAUUUUGAUACAAAGGAAUAAAAAUAAUAUACCGAAUUUUCUGAGAGAGAGAGAUGGAAGAGAGACGAGAUGAAUCAUCAAGCCCUACACAGCAGGGAUCUUCAGAACUUGCUGAAAGGGUUAAGUCGCUUUCUUUUGAACCUCAAGGUGAAGCUUUGAGUAAGGAUUCCCCUAGAAGUGUUGAGCAGGAUUGCUCUCCUGGUCAGAGAGCAUCACAGCAUCUUUGGAAUACCGGAAUGCUCUCUGAACCGGUUCCUAAUGGCUUCUACUCAGUUGUUCCGGAUAAGAGAGUAAAGGAACUAUAUAAUAGACUACCUACUCCGAGUGAGCUUCAUGCUUUGGGAGAGGAAGGUGUCAGAAUUGAAGUUAUUCUUGUUGAUUUUCAAAAAGAUAAGAAGAUCGCAAUGCUAAAACAGUUGAUCACUACACUUGUCAGCGGCUCAAAUCCUGCUUUGGUGAUCAAGAAAAUAGCUGGAACGGUAUCUGACUUUUACAAACGUCCAACACUGGAAAGCCCUUCAAAACUUGCUCUAGAGGAAAAUGCGUUCUUGUUUGAAAACCAUGGUGCUCAGUUGCUUGGCCAAAUUAAGCGUGGUUGUUGUCGAGCUCGAGCAAUUUUGUUCAAAGUUUUAGCUGAUACUGUAGGACUCGAAAGUCGGCUGGUGGUGGGUCUGCCUAGUGAUGGGACUGUGGAUUGCAUGGACUCUAACAAACACAUGUCUGUUAUAGUUGUGCUGAAUUCCGUUGAACUACUUGUUGAUCUAAUUCGGUUUCCUGGUCAGUUGGUACCACGAUCAGCCAAGGCAAUUUUCAUGUCACAUAUCUCACCUGCUGGAGAGAGUGAUUCUGCAGAAAACGACUCUUGUGACUCACCUCUGGAGCCAAAUAGUCCUUUAUAUGAGAGAAGAGAUCCUGAGAGUACAGAAAAAGAUGAUAAUCUUCAAUUUCAUCGGAAGUUAGAAGGAUAUCCAAAUGCAUCCGGUUCAUCACUGCGUAAUUUGAUGCUCAGACCUGCUAUUGAAAGGAAAUUGAGCAACACCUCACACAGUGAACCAAAUGUUGCCACUGUAUUCUGGAGACGUAGCCGCAGAAAAGUGAUUGCUGAACAGAGAACAGCUAGCUCAAGCCCAGAACACCCAUCUAUGCGAUCACGUGGACGAUCAAUAUUGAGUUCUGGCAGAAAUUCAUAUAGGGAUUACGCUGGUGAUGCAUCUCCUUCAAGUUCAUCCACAUCAGAAAUUCGUAAAACUAGACGGCGAAGUUUUAGGAUCACACCAGAGAUUGGGGAUGACAUUGCAAGCGCUGUACGAGAAAUGUAUGAGAAAUCAAAGCAAAACCGUCUCUUGCAUGGCCGAGAGGAUGAAAACAGUUCAGGUAUCGAUAACAAUGUGUCCGGUCUACAUCUUGAUGAUGAGUUAAAUUCUAAGAAGACAAUGUCAUUGCCGUCAUCUCCCCAUGCUUACAGGUGUCAAACAUUUGGACGAAGAGGGCCUUCAGAAUUUGCAGUCAAGGAUACAUGGAAUAAAGUGGUUGAGUCUUCCACAUUGCAGAAUCAGCCUUUAUUACCCUAUCAAGAAUGGGACAUUGACUUCUCAGAGUUGACUGUUGGAACUCGGGUGGGAAUAGGAUUUUUUGGUGAAGUUUUUCGCGGGGUAUGGAAUGGGACAGAUGUUGCAAUUAAAUUGUUUCUCGAGCAAGAUCUUACUGCCGAAAACAUGGAAGAUUUCUGCAAUGAGAUAUCAAUUCUCAGCCGCGUUCGCCACCCAAAUGUUGUAUUAUUUCUCGGUGCAUGCACAAAACCUCCACGCUUAUCCAUGAUCACGGAAUACAUGGAGCUGGGAUCUUUGUAUUAUUUGAUCCACAUGAGUGGUCAAAAGAAGAAACUUAGCUGGCACAGAAGGCUCAGGAUGCUAAGAGACAUCUGCAGGGGUUUGAUGUGCAUACACCGGAUGAAGAUAGUUCACCGUGACCUAAAGAGUGCCAACUGUCUAGUGGACAAACAUUGGACAGUCAAGAUAUGUGAUUUUGGGCUCUCAAGAAUAAUGACUGAUGAAAAUAUGAAGGACACGUCAUCUGCUGGCACACCAGAGUGGAUGGCUCCAGAACUCAUUCGCAACAAGCCUUUCACAGAGAAAUGUGAUAUCUUUAGUCUUGGGGUCAUAAUGUGGGAACUUUCUACUUUACGUAAACCAUGGGAAGGAGUUCCACCUGAAAAGGUUGUCUUUGCUGUUGCGCAUGAAGGGUCACGUUUGGAGAUUCCUGAAGGUCCACUCAGCAAAUUGAUUGCAGAUUGUUGGGCAGAGCCUGAGGAACGCCCAAACUGUGAAGAGAUACUUAGAGGCUUGCUCGAUUGUGAGUACACGCUGUGCUAACACCAAUUCCUUUUCGGGGAUAAUGAACUGAAGAUGUUUUGGCUCAAAAAGCAGCCCAGCUUCUUUAUAAAUCACUGCGCUUAAAUUAUCAACCGGAGUGGCAUAACUCUAAAGAUGAAGAGAACUUAGAGGAUACUAAAAUGAGAGAAUUCAUAGUUCAGUGUGGAUAGCUGUGGAACAGGCAGAGGCACCAAAUGUAGGACAGAAACAAGAAUGUCUUUAAGCUGCCUCUGGUUUGAUUCAUGGUCUCACAGGCAGUGAGUGUUCUUUUUGUUGGUUCUUGAAAGAGCAUUUUGGUCUAUUUGUAAGAAAAUAUAUACACUAUUCUUUGUUUUGGAAAAAUAAAGAGCUCUUUGAUU